CAGCUGAAAUAUUGUACAGUAAUCCCGUGCUGUUAUGGCUCCGUUUUUGCCGUGUAAAAAUAGACAAUGCAAGUCCAUGGAGAAUGCAUGUUUUCCCAAUACGAGUUAAUGCCAUCUGCCAUCUGUUUGCAGGUAUGUGCACACCCAUUGUAGACACGGGCAUGGUGCCGCCAUGUGAUCCGCUCCUGGGUUUAAAAGCUUAAGGCCCACAGAGAGGAGCACAGGAUACAAGUUCCCCAUUGAACAUCCUCUGAAGAGCACAUCACACUCACUUGGCGCUUCAUCAUGUCAGACACAGAAGAAGCAACACAUGAGGAACAGCAAGAGGAGGAUAUUGUUGACGGGGCAGAGGAAAAUGGAGAAGAUUCAAAGCCCAAGACAAAGACUGGUUUUGUUCCUGGCCUGGCACCUCCUAAAAUCCCAGAGGGGGAAAAAGUUGACUUUGAUGACAUUCACAGAAAACGAAUGGAAAAAGACCUGAAUGAGCUCGGCACGCUGAUUGAAGCUCACUUUGAGAAGCGAAAGAAGGAAGAAGAGGAGCUUCUGAGCCUCACUGAUCGCAUUGAGAAACGCCGAUCAGAUCGAGCAGAGCAGAUGAAGAUCAGGGCAGAGAGAGAAAAAGAACGACAGAACAAAGUUAAUGAAGAAAAAGCGAGAAAAGAAGAUGAAGAGGCAAAGAAGAAAGCGGACGAUGACGCCAGGAAGAAAAUGAUUCUUUCCAACCUGAGUUUCACUGGAUACAAGCAGACACAGACUGGGCCAAAGAGACAAACAGAAAGAGAAAAGAAGAAGAAGAUUUUAAAUGAGCGACGGAAAGAACUGACUAUUGAUCACAUGAGAGAGGAUGCCCUUAAGGAAAAAGCAAAGGAGCUGUGGGAAAGGGUGCACCAGCUGGAGGCAGAGAAGUUUGAACUUCAGUAUCAGGCCACAAAGCAGAAGUAUGAGGUCACUGUGCUGAGAAACCGGGUCAGUGACCAUCAGAAAAUUCCAAAGGGGAAGAAGCGCGGCCUGAGGAAGUAACACCUGACAUCAACCUGCGAAACACUGGCAUCAUUGACAGCCAAGAAAUUACAGAGAGAAACGUGAACAACAUUCUGAUGCUUGAAUACUAAAUCAUGCAAGAACAAAUGUUUACGUGCAAAACUAAUGAGAUGCUCUUCAACAUGUUUCUGUAGGAGUGUCUCUGAUUGCACAAUGAUCAGGCAAUGUGAUGGAGCUUUUGUUUAUUUAACAGGGAUUUGACAGGACGUGUGUGAUUCAUAAUGACUUUAGCAUUUAAGGGCACAUAAUUCGACACAACUGUGCUUAUGCAACGCCUACAAAUAUAUCUGUAAUUUCUAGAGUACUAAAAGUGGAACUGAGACCAAUUAACUGGUUCUUCGGCCUUGGAUGUUGUGUUUGCAAUAAAUACAAAUCUUUCUUUAA